AACCACCAAAAAUAACUAGCCCUUAAUCCCUAUUCUAUACCCCUCCCCGAACUCAAAACUAAAGAGUUAUCCUGCAUCGACUGCGCUUGCCCUUCAAGUUGCUGUUCGGCACCACCCAAUAACCCACACCGCCGGCCCUCACAAACAUACUAAACAUGGCCGACAACAGGCCGACAAGCUCACACAGUUCCGACAAGGACGCGGACAGUUUCGAGGACGCAUCGGAAACUUCACCUCGCCCAGACUCGCCCGCUGAAAAACCACAAUCACAUCCGCGCUCAUUACUUCAAAAGGAGACCCCCUCAUCGACCGUACAAGAAAUCAAGACGGACUCGACUGCACGUGCAGCACCAGCAGCCGCCCCUAAAGGCAGCAAAGACGACAGCAAAGACGACAGCGAUGAAAGUGACGAGGAUGACGAAAGUGAUGGCAGUGACGAAAGCGACGAAACAGACGAGUCCGGCACAGGCAGCGAACCCGAAGAACCGGAAAAGCCCGCCAACGAUGCACCUGCCAAAAAGCCGCCCCUACCCAAGAGAGUGUCGGUAACGUCUGACAUGGACGAUGUAUCUUUGGAUGGUGACGGUGCAAAAGCUCCAGACUCCGUGCCGAAAGCACCACUGCGAGACUCGCAAGACUCUACAGCUUCGAUCCAAGGCCUCUCCGGAAGGAUGUCUCCUGUCAAGUUUCCUCCACCCCCCGCUCCACCAGCUGCGCCAGCCGCUUCAACCGCUUCAACCGCGCCAGAAAAGCCACCGACUACAUCCAGAAAACUUACCGGUCCUUUCGCGUGGCUGUCAAGAAAUAGCACCAGUAAGAAAUCUGACUCUCCACCAUCAUCCACAACAGCGACGGAACGAAGAAACACAGGGGCUUCCAUUGCCACCAUCGGUAGCAAUCCUGACCUCUCGUUGAGCAGGACCGAAGGUGAGGGCGAGACUGGUUCGAGCAAUCGGACGAGCCAGGGAAAUCUUCGAGACCGUUUCAAGUUUUUGCGCAUGAGGGAGGAAGCCGGCAUAAUGAUGGGUGACGAAACCAGUCUCAACGGCAACCCAACUGCUGUGGCGACCAGGCCGACUAGUGUUGGUCUUAUCAGUCCACCCAUCGUUCCCGAAGACGAGCCAGGAAGCCCGCCAUCACUUACAAGACAACCCACUAUCAAUCCAAAGCUGGCCCCUGGAACUGCAUCUGGAUUUGCUGCUGGCCCAGCGGGAGAUGCAGCUGAGCCUGUAGAUUGGGAUCUCUGGCAGUCUGUGGUCAAUGAAGGACCAGCUGCCAUUGCCCGCACCAGCGCAGAGGAACUUAAUCAUGCCAUUGCAAAUGGAAUCCCUCAAGUCAUCCGAGGUGUUAUUUGGCAGGUGAUGGCGCAAAGCAAGAACGAAGAGCUCGAGGCCACGUAUCGGGAACUCGUAGCCCGUGGCACAGAUAAGGAACACAUGAGCCUUAGCACACCCAACCUUACUGGUGGACAGACAAACGGGAAUGGGAAGGAGUCAGUUGCUUCUUCCUCCUCGUCAGUUCACUCAGACUACUCGAGCCCACCCACUACGACUGGGAGCACAAAUGCACCACCGGCCUCGCCGCCACUAACCGCAGACAACUCCGAAGACCCCAUCAAGGUACAGGCAAGAGUAGCUGCUGAAAAAAAGCAGAGUGCCGCUGCCAUUUCGAAACUGGAAAAGGUCAUCAAGCGGGACUUGGGUGCACGUACAAGCUACUCAAAGUAUGUCAUGGCGGCUGGUUUACAGGAUGGCCUUUUUGGUAUUUGCAAGGCUUACGCUCUGUACGACGAUGCCGUUGGCUACGCUCAGGGCAUGAACUUUAUCGCUAUGCCUCUACUUUUUAACAUGCCUGAAGAAGAGGCUUUCAGUCUGUUCGUAACGUUGAUGAACAAAUAUGGCCUCCGGGACCUAUUUGUUCAUGACAUGCCUGGACUCCAUUUGCAUCUCUACCAGUUUGAACGCCUCUUGGAAGACUUUGAACCUGCUCUCUACUGCCAUUUGCGCCGUAGGGAUGUAAAGCCUCAGCUCUAUGCUACGCAAUGGUUCCUCACGCUAUUCGCAUACCGUUUCCCGCUACAGCUAGUCCUACGCAUUUACGACCUGAUACUUAGCCAAGGUCUCGAGUUGGCCAUCCUGAAGUUUGGCAUUGUCUUGAUGCAGAAGAAUGCCGAAACACUACUAGGCAUGAAGGAUAUGGCAACACUCACGACGUUCCUAAAAGAGCGACUCUUUGACGUGUACAUUGACAAAGCCCCUUCUGCAAACUCGAUUCUUGAGAACGGCUUCUUUGGUUCCACAGCAGGUAUCGACAAGGAGAUUUACCGUGCUGAUACGCUUGUAAAAGAUGCUGUAGCUGUCAAGAUUGCACCUGAGACCCUGAAGCAAUAUACUGCUGAGUGGAAGGAGCAACGACGGAUAGAAAAGGAUCGUGAGACCGAGCUCGUAGGGCUCAAAGAAAAGGUUGCUUCUUUGGAACAAAAGGUGCGGUCGUUGGAACACCGAGCCGAACAAUCGGACAUGGAGCACGUCCAGGUUGCCUCCGAGCUCAUCAAAACCAAGGUCGAGAAUGAAAACUUGGAAGAAGAGAACGAGACACUGAAGACCAAGGUGCAAGAGCUCCAGAAGAUUGUCGAUACACAGCCUGCAGAAGUCGAAGCACGACUGAAGCACGAGAUGGAGACUGUGAUGCAAAAGAACAUUGUUGUUCACAAUGAGAACCGUAAUCUAGAAGAUGCAAUGGCCGAGAUGGAGAAGGAACUGGUCGAUGUCAAGAUGCAAUGGGCUACGAUUAACGAAGAACACGAGGCGCUCAAACAAAAGUGGAACAACAUCUCACAGAUGAUGAAGAAGUGAGCCCUGAAAUUUGGGCUCCACGUUUGCAUCCGAGGCCAGCUAUUGGGCACCAGAUCUAUUCCACCGCGUCGAUCGCCCCUUGAUUCGUUUCUAAUGUCUAUAUAAACACGUUUGCCCUGUCCGUCACAUAGCGUUGGCAGGGUCCCGUAUGAUGUUCAUCUUGCGUGGGCGAUGUUGGAUUCCCAACAGACGGGUGGUCCGCAUCGCCCGCACCCCCGUUACAUAAAGGAAGGCAGUGCCUGUAGCUCGAGCAUGGAGGGAGUUGGAUAGCUUGCAUGAGUAUAAGGAGCAGGGGUUUGGGAGUUGCUACAAAGUGGACUGGUGACAUAAUACGUCUAUUUCUGCAGACGCACGGCGUUCUUUGCGGUAUUGCUCAAGUGUUUGUUUGUAGCGUCCUAUGACCUGGCGCAUGUGUCGACUAGGAAUCAUCAAUGGACCGAAAACGUACUACCAA